AUGUCUGAUUUCACCCCCCUCAAUAAGGUUGAGAAAAUGAAGUUCGAAGAUACUUCUGGUGCCGAAACCAUCGGUGACACCGCGGAGGGAAUCAAACAACAGGACCCCGAAAAUGGUAACCCAGCAAACGGCAACGGUGAAAAUGAAACCAAAGCAAAUGGGAAUACUGCAGCUACACCACGCAAACGUGCGCGAAAAGCAGGUGCUAAAAAGACCAACAGUGGUGACGGCGAGGAGGGUCAAGAUGAAUCUCCAACCAAGAAACAACGCACUCCAGGCAAGGGAGGCAGAGGGGCCGCAUCUGGAGAGAAGCCGAAAGUUGGAGCGCGCGCUAUGCCUACCUCAUACGAGAAUGCAAGUCCCGAAGACAAAAUGCUGCUUCGCAUGAAGGAUGAGGAGAACAGAUCCUGGGCUGAGAUCCGCCAGGCCUGGGAAGAUAUUACCGGGGAGAAGGUUGGAGGGAGUACUCUCUGUACUCGCUAUGCUCGUAUCAAGGCCAACUUUAUCGAUUUCACGCCGGAGGAUGAGGAGCUCCUGCUCCGCUUUAAGCAGGAGAUCGAGGAGAAAUUCGAAAACGACAAAUGGCGUAGUGUUUCUGAGGCCAUUGGCGCUGCUGGUGGGAAAAAGUAUCCGCCUGCCGCUGUGCAGAAGCGGUUCAAGAUAUUGAGCAAGAACUUGUCCAGAAUGGAAAUCGGGCAGAAGGUUAAUGACGCGGAGGACUCCUCAUAACUGUCACAAGACGGCAUCUCUCCAACAUUUCUUCAGUCCGUGGAAUGGGUCUGGUGAUGGAACCGAAG